AUGAAGAUUGCCAAGCUGCUCGCCCUUUUCGCCAUUCUACCCAUUGUAUGCUUGUUGGGGCAGGAGGAAGUGAAGGCCGUCUCCCCGAGUGAUAAGCUGAAGAAGGACGAUUUGGAUGUGGACGACAGAAUUAGAAGGCUUUUGCAGAAGAGAAAGCUAAUAAUGCUGUCUGUCAUUGCGGCGACGGUACUGGCUGCGGGGGGAAUACUCGGUGGAGUGGGCUAUGGCAUCGUGAAGCAUCGUAAGAAAGCGCGCAUGGAAAUGGAUGAGCCAUUUACAGAUUUGGGUGAACCUAUUCAGAUUAAGAAAGAGACGAACCCUUUUAAAAUGACCUCGGAGACAUUAAAACCCGAAGUUAUAGUCACUACCCAGAGGGCUACCGGACAAAUGUCCAGACCCAGUGUCAUAGGAGAAGAUGUUGACGGUGAUACAGGUGAGAAUUUGGGGGAUUCAUUCUUCGAUAAGUCAUUCAAACCCAAUGUUAUGGGAUCUCCCAUUAUAUAA